CGCGCGGUAUUCGUCUCCUUUUGUUACUCUGCCCUUCUUCCUUUUUCUUUUCCUGCCAGUCGCGCAACCCGCAGGAACGCGCGCGAGCGGCGUUUCUCCGUCUCUCUCUCUCUCGCUUCCUCCUCUCUCUCUCCGUCUGUCUGUCUGGCGUUUCAAGCGCGAAACAGCUGAUAGCAGUCCCUUUAAUCGCGUCGCGGAGUCGUCGUCGUCGCGCGCGCGAGGUGAGAGAGAGUCGCUGACGACCGCCGUCGGAGGAGGACUUUGCCGUCCGCUUUGCCGCACGAAUCAGGAAUUUUGACUUCGUUUUCACCACGGACAAACUGAGAGAGUGAGGUUGGAGUAGAAGUGAGGUGGAUUCGAAAGUAUAAACCGAGCGUGUUCCCACGGCAACAGGCGCGACGUGGAAAAGGCCAGUACACAACGACGGACAAGCCGCCUAGUCUGAAGUUAAUCUUGAAGGUAGGAGGUAGUACUGGAACACCUGAGCACGGCAGCGAGUCGCCGAGUCAGGCCGCAAUGCUGUCGCAACACUAUCAACAACAAUUAGGUCUCAACUAUUCCGUUAGUCAGGGAGAUGCAGAAUACGACAGAUAUGUCGGCCACAAGAAGCUCAAGAAGAAGAAGAAAAAGAAAGACAAACGGCAUAAACAUCAUCAUAAAGAUAAGAAGAGACGGAGAGAGGAAUCGAGUCAGGAAUCGGUUGGCGACGCCGAUGAGAAUCUGGCCGAGCCUGCACCUAAGAAGGCAUGUACCAAUCACACUCAGUUGCUGCCGCCCAGACCACCGUCGACCGGUGAAUUAAGGGUCGGCGUUAGUAACGUAAGCUCUCUGUCGCCGCAUCGCGAGCCCAGGACAUGCGUCCUCAGGAAGAUAGCGGAGCGCACGCCCCUCCAGAGGCUGCUGGAGCAUCUGUUGAGGUCGAUGGAAAAGCGGGAUCCACAGCAAUUCUUCGCCUGGCCGGUCACAGACAGCAUUGCGCCUGGUUACUCUCAGAUAAUCACGAAUCCGAUGGAUUUCAGCACGAUAAAGCAAAAGAUAGACGACAACAACUAUCAGAAUUUGCAGGAAUUCGUGGACGAUUUCAAACUCAUGUGCGACAACGCCAUGACGUACAAUCAUCCCGACACCAUCUACUACAAGGCGGCGAAGAAGCUGCUGCACGUCGGUUUGAAGAUGGUCACCCCGGAGAAGCUGCGGCAGCUCAGGCCAGUUCUGAUGUACAUGAACGAUAUUACGAAGGAGGAGCUCGGAUUCGAGUUGGGCAAUGAAGAUCUUAACAAUCCGAACGCUCCUGCGACGGAGGAGCAGAUCGAGCAGGAACGCGAGCAGGAGGAGCGUAACGAGGAGGCGGAGGAACUCAGGAAGGAGAAUCAGAGGAAAAUGAGACUAGCUAGUUUAGGCAAAUUCGAGGCGAUACCGGACGACUUGACGCCGGAGGAGAUACUGAAGCAGGCUAGAGGCGCGGCCAAGGCGGCGGCGGAGAAACUCAGUCUGAAGAGGGUCAACUCGAAGAUGGGUUUUCUGCGGCAGAAGAAGGACGGCACCACCAGCCUGCAGAUCAUCGUGCCCGGCGACGGGAUCAUUCCCGGGACCAAUCAGAGGCCUGUGUCGCUGGGGCAGCUGAUAGGCAAGCUGAAUCACGGCACUGGAGCGUUGGCCGGAUUCCGGGAGGAUCGAAGGAACAUGUCGAAGCCAGUGAAACCCCUCUACUACGGCGCGUUUGGCUCAUACGCACCGAGCUACGACUCGACGUUCGCGAAUCUCACCAAGGAGGAAACCGACCUGGUCUACCAGACUUACGGUGACGAGACUGCCGUGCAAUACGCUGAAUCUAUUUUAGACUUCGCCAAGGACUGUGAUUACACGUUGACCAUGGUCGACGACCUGUUGGACAUUCUCACGGGCGGCGAUCAUCGGAAGACGAAGAAAUACCUCGAGGAAAAGCGAAGACUGAAGGAGGAGGAGGAAAAGAUCAAGCAUUUAUUGGAGAAGCCUAUGCAGGACGUGAAUCGUAACAUUCCGUUGUCGGAUAAAGUCAAGGUCGAUAUUGAUCAGCUGAAGACACUAUCGGAUCUCGGUAUCGACACAAACUUCUUAGACAAUUUAGAGGAAGAAUUGAAAUACAGCGAGGAACGUGCCGUUCUACAAAGCCGCCUUGACGACACGUCGCAGAUGUUGGGUCGGCUGAAGCAGGUUCAGCACGAGCGUUUGUCGGCACCGCCGCCGGCCCAUCUAUCCAACGUUCCCAAGGCAGCGGAGGCGGAGGUGACACUGGCCGAGAAAAUCACCGACAAUCUCACCGAUAUAGCGAAGAAACUGCCACCGUCGGGGAUCGCGCCGGUCGACGGAUUGCGUAGGGCGAUGGGCAUAGCGCCGCUGGGCGGGCCGGAGCCCAUGGAGGUCGAGCCGAUCGCGCACAACCCCCCUAUAGUCGCUGACAGUUCGUUACUGCCGAAUCCGAGCAACAGCAACAAUCAGGUGCUGUCGAAUCUGUUGCCGAGUCCAUCGCCGAUUCAGAACGCGAGUCUGUUGAGCCCGACCGGCCAGCAAAAUCAGAGUAUCAGUAUUGUGAGCGCGAGUCAGCCACCGCCAUCGAUUCAGAUGCAGAUCGGCAUGACGCACACCAGUCAGACGCCACCGUCUUUACUGAGCGCGUCGGAACCGUCCGGCGUGGCUGAUCUCGAGUCCGAGCUGCGCGAGUUCCUCGAGAGCGACGCCACGCUGGUACACUCGCCUCUCCAUGACGACAAAACCCUGGAGGACAUUCUCUCUGAGUCUUAGUGCGCGCGCGCGGUAAUCCGAAUGCUCCGCAAUCCAAUUAAUUUAUAAACAUAAAUAGGUAUG